UCUCCCCGUGCGGCCAUCGCGAGCGCGGGGGGCUGGGUUGCAACAGCUGCGCUCCACUUUCUCGGAUCCGGUCCUGGAUCCGGCCCCGAUUCUGAAUUGGCUGCACCAUGGAGGAGGCCGACCGAAUCCUCAUCCAUUCCUUGCGCCAGGCAGGCACGGCAGUCCCUCCAGAUGUGCAGAACCUACGAGCCUUCACCACUGAGCUGGUUGUAGAGGCCGUGGUCCGAUGCCUGCGUGUGAUCAACCCUGCUGUGGGCUCUGGCCUCAGUCCCCUGCUGCCUCCAGCCAUGUCUGCCCGGUUCCGCCUGGCCAUGAGCCUGGCUCAGGCGUGCAUGGACCUGGGUUAUCCCUUGGAGCUUGGCUACCAGAACUUCCUAUACCCCAGUGAGCCUGACCUCCGGGACCUGCUUCUCUUCUUGGCUGAGCGCCUGCCCACGGAUGCCUCUGAGGAUGCAGACCAGCCUGCAGGUGAUUCAGCUCUUUUCCUCCGAGCCAUUGGAAGUGAAAUCCGGGACCAACUGGCUCUGCCCUGGGUACCGCCUCUUCUUCGCACCCCCAAGUUGCAGUACCUCCAGGGCUCAGCCACCCAGCAACCUUUCCAUGUCAGCAGGCUGGUCCUGCCUGAGCAGAGUUCCAGAGAAGAGUUGUGGGAGUUCCAGGAGAGUUCCCUGCUGCUACCAGCCCUCACACAGGUACCCCAGCCUGCUGGGAGGGCAGCUUCGCUCCUCGAACGCCAUGCCAUCCAGCUCUGCCAGCACGUGGGCCGUGACCGUGCAGGGGAUGAGGACUGGGUGCGCAGGGCGCCCCGCCUUCCACCCCAGGAGGAUCCCCGAGCUCCUUGGCAGCGGCUGCAGAAGCAGCUGGUCGAGCAUCUGCGUCAAAGUUGGGGCCCACUUGGGGCCCCACGACAAACCCGAGACCUGGGAGAGUUGCUGCAGGCCUGGGGUGCUGGACCAAAACUGGUGCCCCCAAAGGCCCGCUUCACACAUUCAGAAAAGUUUGCCUUCCACCUGGAGCCCCAGGCUCAGGCAGCCCAGGUGGCAGAUGCUCCGGCCAGCUCCCGGUGGCCUGAACAGGACACCAGGGCAGCUCAAGAACAGGAACUAGAGUCCCUUCGGGAGCAGCUGGAGGGUGUGAAUCAUAGUAUUGAAGAGGUUGAAGCAGACAUGAAAACCCUGGGAAUCAGUCUUGCACAGGUGGAGACCGAGUGUCGGCAGAGUGAGCUCAGCACAGCAGAGCGGGAACAGGUCCUUCGCCUAAAGAGCCGGGCUGUGGAGCUGCUUCCUGAUGGGGCUGCAAACCUUGCCAAGCUGCAGCUUGUGGUGGAGAGCAGCGCCCAGCGGGUCAUCCACCUGGCGGGUCAGUGGGAAAAGCACCGGGUUCCGCUUCUUGCUGAGUACCGCCACCUCCGAAAGCUCCAGGAUUGCAGGGAGCUGCAAUCUUCUCGACGGCUGGCAGAAAUCCAGGAGCUGCAUCAGAGUGUUCGGGCAGCUGCAGAAGAGGCCCGCAGGAAGGAGGAAGUCUAUAAGCAGCUGGUGUCAGAGCUGGAGACUCUGCCAAGAGAUGUGUCCCGGCUGGCCUACACGCAACGUAUCCUGGAGAUUGUGGGCAACAUCCGGAAGCAAAAGGAAGAGAUUACUAAGAUUUUGUCUGACACAAAGGAGCUUCAGAAGGAAAUUAACUCCCUCUCUGGGAAGCUGGACCGGACAUUUGCCGUGACUGAUGAACUCGUGUUCAAGGAUGCCAAGAAGGAUGAUGCUGUUCGGAAGGCCUACAAGUAUCUAGCUGCCCUGCAUGAGAACUGUAGCCAGCUCAUCCAGACCAUUGAGGACACAGGCACUAUCAUGAGAGAGGUUCGAGACCUUGAGGAACAGAUCGAGACAGAGAUGGGCAAGAAGACCCUCAGCAACCUGGAGAAGAUCUGUGAGGACUACCGAGCCCUCCGGCAGGAGAAUGCUGGCCUCUUGGGCCGGGUCCGGGAGGCCUGAGGAGCUCUGAUGGAAGUUCCGCACGCCACGGGCAGAGAUUUGGAGUGCUGGAGGCCGUGUCUAAGCACUUGCCCUAGCUCCUCCCUCUGCUUGCCAUCCAGUUCUUCCUGCUGGGGCCUUAGACCCAGGCAUGUGCCCACCUGGCCCCAACCCUGAGUGGGGUGAUUGUCCAGCAUGCGGGGCUCAGCUGCAGUUUAUUGGGUGGGCACUGGGGGCUGGGGGCCAUGGAUCCCAAAUAAAAGAUGGGCUCUCCUGCACUCUAGGCUGAGGCAUGGAUUGGGCUCAGGGCAGGGGAAGGGGUGGUGACAAGUGAGACAUGGAGUAAAUUUUGGCCAGUGAAUGUCUUCAUGGGACUUGGAGACACAGUGUGUGUGGGGGGGGGCUUGUGUGUGCACACAUGCAGGUGAGUUCUAAUAAGCUGUGUCUGUGACUUGGCAUUUGUGUUGGUGGCUGCACAAGACUGUGCAUGAUACUUAAGUGUCUGUGUGGCUUUCUGGGCCUGUGAUCUUAAGGGUACUGUCACUGCUCUUCGCAGGGGUCUUGGCACACCUCUAUGUGACACUGGCUUCCUGUGAGCCUGGAGGCUGACAGGGUGCAUGCUUUGAGUGUGUGAGUUGACAGGAUUGUCUGGUCAUCUGUGUGACUGCAGCUUUGAGGGUGUUUGAGUGUAUUGAGGCAGGCUCUUUGUGUUUUAGGGUUUGGGUGGAGGAUUGUGACUGUGUCUGUGUCACUUUCCCACCCUGAGGCCAUCUGUGAGAGUGGCUGAGGCAGGCUGUGUGUGUGUGGCUGGCUGCGU